AAUGAUGGGACCCGCCCUUUGUCCGUUGCCAAAAGCAAAAGAGGCUUAAACCCUUCACCACCAGCAAAAUCUCAAAACCCCUAAAGGAACUGCAGAUCAACAUGAUGAAACGGGGAAAGUCAUCCGUCUUAACAUUUGCUGAGAAGUGCAAGAAUAUAUUGGCUUCCAAUUGGCAAGGUAACCUUAAUACCAUCAAAGCCGAUGCCAAAGGAAGCAAGGAGGAGAUUUACACUUCAAAAGUGAAGUAUAUUGUGAAGAAAGGGAAGCCCUACAUCUGGGUACCUGAGAAGGAGAUGCAUAAUGUGAACACUAUUAUUGAUGAACGUGGCUCUUUUGCUGUGAGCAGUCCCUUGCCAGGUCCUCUUGCGCAUUUACUUAGAUCAAUAAGGAAGACACCAGCUCGGGUUGCUCUGGUUGGGGAUGUUGUGCAUCUUAAAGAUGAGAAGGCUAUGUCAGCAGCAGAAAGCCUUAGGGAAACCCUUUUAGCAGAACAAAGAGCUGUUAAGGGGUUGAGUUAUUCAGUUUCUGGAACAUUGAGUUCAUCUUACCUUGGUUCUAGUUUGCGAAGUGCAAACCUCGAGGAAUUACUCCAAGGCAAUGAACAAUACUCUGUGUACAGGUUCAAUCUAAGCUCAUGCAUGUAUAUUGAUGGCAAUGGAGGAAUUCAUGAAGUAAAUCUUGAGGACAUUGAAAAGUCUAAAGCAGAGCCUCUAUCUCUGUUCGCAAUGGGCCUGAUUGAUGGAAUUAAUCAAAGUGAAAUGAGGCGUCGAGCUCUUAUUCUUUUCUGCAUCACUUUCCUAAAUGAAAAUGCAAAGGAUGCUUUUCUUCUUUCGGUAGAUAGGAAGGGAUUUGAUGUGCUUGGAAAAGUUUUGGGCUCGGUUAACGCUGAUGGUUCUCGCGAGUACCAGUGGAAGGAGUUGAGAUUCACAUUUAAGGACGAGGCUGGUGAUGUUGAAACAUUCUGUCAACGGCUGCUUGAAAUGGAAGAGGAAGCCCUGAAGAGU